CCCGACACCCACGCACCGCCCGCGCCCGCGCCAACCACCGGGAGCGCCUGGCCAGGCGCCGCGCAGCCGACCCCGCGAGAGGAGCUCGCCACCAAGUCGCCAAGGUUCUCUGUGCAGACGCCUGUGCUCAGCAGUUCCUGGAGCAGCAAAGGCGCAGCCAGGCAGGAGGGCCCUUCCUCUCCUUUUAGAGAGCAGUGAAUUUUGCUUUUCCAAACCAGGAUGAAGUAGCACCCGCCAAAUUUUUGAGACAGCUCACGGCUUAGAGGAAGGCUCAUCUAAAUAAAGGCCGGCUAAAGUGACAUUGCAGGGAUUUAAUCCUCCUCCGGCUGCCCGUGUGACCAGAAGGCUGAUUUGCAAGUUUCUUCUUUCCUGGGGUCCAGAUUAUCAGAUCUCCGGGGCCCUGCAACUUGACAGCAAAAGUGCAAAAUGAAGAAGAUCGGAGAUACGUGCCAGCAGCAGGGACCUGAGGGCCUCUGCAGGGCUUUUACACACCAGAGCAAAAGAUUCUCUGGCCAUCAAAGGAAAUAGCAAACUGGAGCCUUUGUUUUGGGACACAGCCACCUACCACAGAGCACCAGCGCGGCCAGCCAGAAAGUUCUUGGAGCCUGAUCAGGGAAGCGGCUCUGGUACCUGGACGUGCGCCUGAUGGUCCAGUUAGAGCUGGGAAGUUCAACGUGAAGGAAGGUCUCGAGUGAGGGCGGCUUCGGGCUUGGCUGGUAGGCGGUUCUGGCAUUGGCCUCUGCCCUCCCCCUGAAGCUGAGAAGGGGGUUUGCACAUUGGAGAGUCUUUGCCCGGCUCUCAAGGACACAGGGCUCUGGCAGUCAACCCCCGUCUCCCACCUGCCGGGCCCCUUGGGCUCCUCCCCAGCCUGCCCCACCCCCCACCCCCCCGCGAUCGGUGCCUCUGCUGAGAUGGAAACGUGGGCCUGCGGAGGACGAUGACUGCCGUGUAUGUGAAUGGAGGCGGCCUGGAGAACACCCACUACGCCAGGUGGGACCGGCGAGAGAGCGUGGAGAGUGGCGGUCAGACAGAGUGCACCAAGGAGGACGGAGAGGGACAGCCUCGCCAGCUGACACCCUUCGAGAAGCUGACCCAGGACAUGUCCCAAGACCAGAAGGUGGUGAGGGAGAUCACUCUGGGGAAGCGGAUCGGCUUUUACCGCAUCCGAGGGGAAAUCGGAAGUGGGAACUUUUCCCAGGUCAAGCUCGGGAUUCACUCCCUAACCAAAGAAAAGGUCGCCAUUAAGAUCCUGGACAAGACCAAGUUAGACCAGAAAACCCAAAGGCUCCUAUCCCGUGAAAUCUCCAGCAUGGAAAAACUGCACCAUCCAAACAUCAUCCGCCUCUAUGAAGUCGUGGAGACUCUAUCCAAGCUCCACUUGGUGAUGGAGUAUGCAGGGGGUGGGGAGCUCUUUGGGAAAAUCAGCACCGAAGGGAAGUUGUCAGAACCAGAAAGCAAGCUCAUCUUCUCCCAGAUUGUGUCUGCCGUGAAGCACAUGCAUGAAAACCAGAUCAUUCACAGAGAUCUGAAAGCAGAAAAUGUGUUCUAUACCAAUAAUACUUGUGUGAAGGUGGGUGACUUUGGGUUCAGCACAGUAAGUAAAAAAGGUGAAAUGCUGAACACUUUCUGUGGGUCUCCUCCCUACGCGGCGCCCGAACUUUUUCGAGACGAGCACUACGUUGGCGUUUAUGUGGAUAUCUGGGCCUUGGGGGUGCUUCUGUACUUCAUGGUGACGGGCACCAUGCCAUUUCGGGCAGAGACCGUGGCCAAACUGAAGAAGAGCAUCCUGGAGGGCACGUACAGUGAGCCUCCGCACGUGUCAGAGCCCUGCCUCCGGCUCAUCCGGGGGGUCCUCCAGCAGGUACCCGCCGAGAGGUACGGAAUCGACUCGAUCAUGAACAACGAGUGGAUGCAAGGGGUGCCGUACCCCACCCCUUUGGAGCCUUUCCAACUGGAUCCGAAACAUUUGUCAGAAACCAGCACCCUCAAAGAAGAAGAAAAUGAGGUGAAAAGCACUUUAGAACACCUGGGCAUUACGGAAGAGCAUAUUCGAAAUAACCAAGGGAGAGAUGCCCGAAGCUCCAUCACAGGCGUGUAUCGAAUCAUUUUGCAUAGAGUCCAAAAGAAAAAGGCUUUGGAAAGUGUCCCAAUAAUGAUACUACCAGACCCUAAAGAGAGGGACCUAAAGAAAGGGUCCCGUGUCUACAGAGGCAUAAGACACACAUCCAAAUUUUGUUCAAUUUUAUAAAUUGCAUUAGACUGCUGGUAAUUAACCAAGAUCAUUGUUGCUGCUUUCAAAUUUUUUCACCAACUUGAGUGGAGACUUUUUUGUAAUUUUUAAAUAAAUUUAAAUUUAAGACAUGCAUUUCCCCU